AUGUCCACAUUCCAGAUAUUAUCAGAUUUACAUCUAGAAAAUCCCUCUGCAUACGAUGUGUUCAGCGUCUCUCCGAAAGCACCUUAUCUUGCCCUGCUAGGAGACAUAGGAGUUGUCAAAGACGUAGGCUUCACUACAUUCAUUGAAACUCAGUUGCGCCAAUUCCAAAUCGUGUUCUUCCUGUUAGGAAACCAUGAGCCCUACUACUCAACCUGGGAGGAGACGAAGCUAGUCCUCCGUCAAUUUUCGGCUUCUGUCGAUCUUCAGCGUUCAAAUGCAGAACAAGAUGAGCAUUCAGAAACAAUGGGUUCUUUUGUUUUCUUAGAUCAGACUCGCUAUGAUCUCUCACCAGAUGUGACUAUCCUGGGGUGCACACUCUUCUCGCGAGUAAGCGAGGCUCACAAGGAUAAAAUCAGUUAUAGUCUCAAUGACUUUUACCACAUAAACGACUGGACGGUUGACAAUCACACGGCUGCUCAUGAAGCAGACUUGCAGUGGUUAAAUGAACAGGUUUCCCAAAUCGCUGCCUCUGAGCCUCAUCGCAAGAUUGUGAUUUUUACACAUCAUAGCCCGGUCACUCAAGACCCACGGGCUCUUGAUCCAAGGCAUGUAAACAGCUCGCUAUCAUCGGGCUUUGCCAGCGAUCUCUCAGGGCAGGGGGCUUGGAAGAGUCCGCUAGUCAAAUUAUGGGCAUUUGGGCAUACGCACUUCAAUGUCAGUUAUAUUGAAGAGGGUACUGAGAAAAGGGUGAUCAGUAAUCAGCGCGGCUAUUACUUUUCUCAGGCACAGGGAUAUGAUGGGGAGCUAGUAGUUGAAGUCUGA